CACUCUAGAAAAAACAAGAAAAGAGAUCAGUUGUCGCGUAAAACCACGACUUAUUCUCAAAUCCCCUUUUUUUUUCACAUCACAUUUCUAUUAUUGUUUCUCAAGAUUUCUCAAAGAACCGCGACUAGAAACCUCCAAAACGCCGCCGUUCCGCCGCUCUGUUUCGCACUCUCGCUUCCUCCGGAAGCCAUGACCAGCUCCUCUGCCGCUUCACGCAAGGCUUUAAGCAAGAUCGCCUGCAAUCGGCUCCAGAAGGAGCUCGUGGAGUGGCAGUUGAAUCCUCCGGCCGGAUUCAAGCACAAAGUCACUGAUAAUCUUCAAAGAUGGGUGAUUGAAGUGACCGGAGCGCCGGGGACUCUGUAUGCCAAUGAAAUGUAUCAGCUCCAAGUUGAUUUUCCGGAGCAUUAUCCCAUGGAAGCUCCACAGGUGAUUUUUCUCCCUCCAGCUCCUCAGCAUCCCCACAUUUAUAGCAAUGGCCAUAUCUGUUUAGAUAUAUUAUAUGACUCAUGGUCUCCAGCCAUGACUGUCAGUUCUAUCUGUAUCAGCAUUCUCUCCAUGUUGUCAAGUUCCCCUGCAAAGCAACGCCCAGCGGAUAAUGAUCGAUAUGUGAAGAACUGUAGGAAUGGCAGAUCUCCCAAGGAGACGAGGUGGUGGUUCCAUGAUGACAAGGUGUAAUGACAUAACAAAUAAUCAUUAACUUAUGUAUGAAGAAAUGGGGCUUUGAUUCUGAAUACUAUUUAAUCAAUGCCAUUCAAAAGGGGAGCUGGCAGGGGCCAUGUCUCUCCCACCCUUCUAUACAUCUUAGCUACCAUUGCAUACAAUACUUAACUUUGGUGAGAUGUUUAGUCAAUCAGAUUGCAUACA